AUGGCAGAUCCUGCAACCCCAGGUUGGUACCAAUCCAACGUAACAACCAUCGACCCUGAGGCCCGAUCGCUUCUGGAAGAAUACAGUGGGUUUCAAUCCGAUGAGGUCCUGCCCCAUGUUCUGGCGCUAACUAACGCACUAGAAACCCCCAAUCAGCGAGAUGAGGCAUUCAAAAUCUUCCCGUACCCCUGCAUCGGGCAAAUGCGGUUUUUGAGCUGUCACCUCGCGCGCCUUCCGUUCUAUCCGCGGGUGCUCGCUCGCCUCCAGGCCCACGCCUCAGCAGGAUUCCUCGAUGCAGGAUGUUGCGUCGGCCAGGAGCUCCGCUACAUGGUACAUCGUGCCAACAUCCCGGCUCGGAACCUGUAUGGGUUUGAUCUAGAAUCCGGGUUUUUUGAUCUCGGAUACAAACUUUUCCGCGAUGAUGCUACGAAAUUCCCAGCGACUCUGCUGCCAGCGGAUCUGGGGACGAAGGAUGCUGAAUGGGAAACCUCACCGGUUGUAGAUACUAUGCGGGGGAAAAUUGAUGUCGUGUGGGCGGGCUCAUUGCUGCAUUUCUGGGAUCAUGAGGGCCAGGUGCAGUCACUCCUUCGGUUGAUUGGGUUGUGUCGUGAGGGAGAGGGAGUAAUUCUCUGUGGCAGACAAAUGGGAAGUGUAUUGGCUGGGGAGUAUGAGAUGACCGGCUUACUGGAGACGCAUCACUAUCGGCAUAAUGUUGAGAGCCUGAAGGGUCUGUGGUUUGAUAUUCAGCAGAGGACAGGACAAAAGUGGGACAUCGAGGGGAGUUUGGAGGUUGGCGAGACGACGACCAAGAUGCAGGGAAUGAGUUUUGUAGACUCGAAUGCUAGAGUCAUCUGGUGGUGUGCCACCAGAUUGUCUGGGUGA